AAAUUUUGAGUUGUCAACGCUGUGUGGGAGUUGUUGACAGUGUGGCGGCGGACGGCGAGGCUGUGCGGGGCCUGACCACCCAGCGGCGGCCACGAUGACGCCCUAGAUGUCCUCCUGAGGUUCGGAGGACCCAGCCGACCAUCCGCCUGGCUUUGCUGGUUGUUUCCUUGAUGUGGAGUUGGAAGGUGGCAUCAUCCUUCAUGUGGACACCAAGACACUUGACGACACGGCUUGGUGGAAUCACUUUCUGUCCCCCUGAAUAUAGAUGAUGAACCUGACGUGAGCCAUGCUUUCCAUCCUGCUUCUGUACUUAGUGGUUCAGGGAGCAGGUGAGGCUGCUGCAGACAGUGGCAAGUCAUCAUGGGAGUGUGUAGCACUAGGGGGCGAGCGUGUGCCGAAUGGGGACAUGUUUGUGCCAGGGCCAGACUACUGCACUGCAUGCAAGUGUGAGGAGGGCAAGGCCCGGGUAUGUCAAGCUGUGCUGUGCCAGCCACCUCAGGAUUGCAAGUCAUUCCGACUGGGCAGGUCAUGUUGUGACUUCAUCUGUCUGGACGACUUGUUGCCCAAGCUGCCUGAUGCCAGCAGCCCAUCCACUGACCUGGGCCUGCGCAUGGUGGCCUCAGCUGUCACCGCCAUCCUCUCGCUUGCUCUCCUGCUCUUCCUUAUUCACAGACUGAGACAACGCAGACUCAGAGCACAACAGCAAUACUAUGAAGAUCAGCUGGACUCUCCCAUGGGGCCCAACCCAGAUUCCUGCCACAACAAUGCUUGCUGCCACAAUGCUGCCUACUGCAAUGGCAAUGACCAUGUGGACUUCUUCUUGGAUGGCCACACCCCUCCUUACUCCCUGUGGAAACCACCCUCCUUUUACUUCCCCCAUGAAGAUGCUCCUCCACCCUACAGUGAAGUGGUCAGUAGCUCCUAUAGAACCCAGACCAGCACCUCCUACCCUGCCCUGGGUCCAUUUAUGACGCAGCUGGGAUCCCCUACUGGGGAGUCUUCAGAGAGUAGUGGGGGUGGGGCCUUAGCACUUAUUGGGGCCAUUGGUGGUGGCUUUAGGGGCACAUCAUGCUCUUCAACUCAAUCUCCAGUCAGAGUUGCCUCCUCAGGAAAGCGACUGGAGGUGUCCCUGAGGUCAGAUGAAGUGUAUGAGGAUGUUGAUGUGACCCCAGAUGACCUACCACCACCCUACUUCCCUUCUAGCCAGCCCUUUAGCAGCCAGGUUCAGGAGGCAGUGGUUGCCAGGGACUCCACCAACAGGCAAGGGCAUAAUGACAGGAACUCUGAGUCAGAUGUUCAAGUUGAGGAAAGUGUCUUUGGAGCUGAGGACACCACCUGCGCCCACUCUGGCCCUGAACAGCACCGAGCACCCAGCACCAGCACUACCACUGGCAAGAACAAGGUUGAGCAGCUUAAGCACUGUGUUGCUGCAGCUCCUACCAGGCUGCGUGCCAAGGAGGGCUGCCCAUCAGCUAUCCCAAGGGAAGUGAGGCACUCUUCCACCAUGGAACAGUUCCAACUGCACCUCAGCAACUUGGACAUGUCAGACUCCUCAACUUCCUCUGACAUUCCAACGAGGACAUUUUCCUCCUCCUCUGAAGAUUCUACCUCCAUGGAUAUGACAUCUGAGAUGCGACUCCCAAGAACAUGAAAGCCACCCCUCUGUUUGCUGUACUCCUGACAUUCUUUUGAUAUUUUCUGAAUCAUUGUAAACAAAUUAGAAAAUAGUAAUAUUACAUCCAUAUAUCAUGAUGCUGUAGCAUUCUUAUUUAACUCUUAACAUAGAUUACCAAACAGGUGGUUCAUAUAAGAAUGUUGUAUUACAAAAUAUAUAUAUAUAUAUAUAUAUAUAUAUAUAUAUAUAUAUAUAUAUAUAUAUAUAUAUAUAUAUAUAUAUAUAUAUAUAUAUAUAUAUAUAUAUAUAUAUAUAUAUAUAUAUUGGUGUUUGUCAUAGUUAUAUAUUCCACUUUGCACCAUUUCUUUACAUAACAGUAUUGUUAAUAAGUGGCAAAUUAUUCCCUAAUAAACUUCAAAUAUUAAGCUGUAGGCUUUGAAGGUGCAGCCAUGUAAUUGUAGCUGAGAAUUACAUUAUUUUGAAGAUAAGAUAUUAGAAUAAUAUAGUUGUGAAUAUUGAAAAAAAAAAAAAAUAGUAAGAAUCUUCCUAUUACAUACAUAGUGCAAUUUCUGUAAGCAGUGAUAGUAGGGGUUCAAAAAGUCAACUUUUUUAUUAUAUUGAUCUUUUUUUUUGAAGGCCAGUUAGGACUUAUGCUGAAAAGUGUAAGUAAAAUUAUUACAGUAGUCUCAAAGUAAGGGAAAUUAUUACAGUAAUCCUGAGGUGAGAUUAUUACCGUAGUCCCAAAGUAAAUGAGAUUAUUAUAGUAGUCCUGAACAGCACAAUUCAUGAGUGUUUUGAACUACAAAAUAUUCAACCUAGGAUUAUUUAGCAGGGUGAGCAGGUCUUAAAUAGCACAACCUGCAAACCAAAAUGAAUGGAAUUCAACAAGAAAUUCAGUUAAAGGAGUGAAGAUUGAACUGCACUAUUGUAAAUUCAGAUACCUCAAGCUUCUGAUCUACUAGGUUUUUGUGCUAUUUAGUCCCCUACUGUAUGUUAAUAAUGUUUUGUAUAUAAUAAAGCUUUCUGCAGCAGAAGGUUUAAAUGUAUGCAUUGUUCUGUUGUCCAUUGCAUCAACUAAGAAACAAAGAUGCAUCCAGGAGGACACUUUCCACCUGCUGGCACUAGCAGUCUGUGCUUAGCAUGGCAUUGCUUUGAAUCUCACGGGUUUCACUCUUGCCAUCUCCUCUUUACCUCUGGAUGUUGGCUGGCAGUAUUGCUUUCCUCGCUCACGUCUGUGUAUAAUCAACUUUUUCUAUAGCUUGUCACAACCUUCUUACUGAACUUUUAUGGCAUUGUAUAGGCCUAAAUCAUUCUCAGUCAUUAUUAGUGCAUUGCAGAAAAAAAGCCUUUCCUGAUAUUCUCCAUGUCUAAUGUUAGUAUACUCCACCCUGCCCCAGCAAAGUUUCUAAUUUCAUCUCUUCACCUGGUCCUCUGAUUAUCCUGGUUUCUCCUACAAAUCCUGAGUUGCUAUUCUAGCACUUAGUUUGUCCAUCUCAGAUCAUUUCUAUAUAAUUUCUCAAUUGUCUAUAGAAUAUUUUCAACCUUUGCCUUAACUAAUUUAUAAUGCUCACUUCAUGUCUCCCAUGUUAUAUCUACUGUUAUUUUCCACUCUAUUCCUCUUUGUUCAAUUCUUAGCUUUUUCUUAAAAUCUUUUGUGAGGCACCAAGUUUCUGAACUAUGUGGCAGGAGUGGCAGGAUACACUGAUUGUACACCUUUCUCUUCAAAAAGAGUGACAGGUAGUUGUAGUUAUGGUCCUCAACCCUGAUCUGCAGCACCAAUGGGACACCAGGAGAGGGAGGCCAGGGCAGAUACUGCAGAAGUUUUAUAUUCCCUAAAGAUGUAUUAUGUUACACUAAAUGACUAAGUGUAAAGUUAUUGUUCCUCAUAUAUCCAGUUUUAUGAAAUUUUCUCAAGUUGUGGAGGAAAAAAUACAGAUCAUUACCAUAUAGUUAUACAGGUGUAAAAGUUGAUUUUUUUUCCAAUUUAUGUUCUAGUUUAGGGGGCAACUUUUGCAUGUGUGCUACAUGCUUGGGAGCCCAAACUUGUUCUUCAGUCAAAAAUAUCAUUGUAAUUAUAUAGUGUACCAAUACAUCUGCAAAGGAUGAGACCAGGGGAAAAAAGUCUAUUGGUUGUCUUGUUUUAGGAGUGCUAAUGUAAAGGAAUUAGGAAAUUAGCAAAAUUUAAAAAGGAGGGGACUUGUUGGUCCUAUCAGUGAAUGGUUGUUAUGUCAUGUUAUAUAUGUUCAAAUCACAAAUAUGAUUUUUAUGGGGUCAGAACAUUGUCAUGUGCCAACAAAUGUUACACAACAGGUCACAAAUCAAUUCAUAUGAAAUAUAUUUUUAUAUCUGUAGAUAGCUUUAAAGUUAUGGAUAAUUUUAUCUAUUUAUAAACAUUUUCAUAGUUCCUAAAUACUUUUGUUCAUAUAUUUACUUCAGUGUUUUCAUUCAGCUUGAUUAUGAUGUUAUUAACAGAGUCAGUCCAUGUAAUGAAUGUGGCACAGUAAGCAUGUUAAUGAGUAAGAUUUACUUUAUAUAAGUGAAGUAACUUGUUAUUUUCAUGAAUCCCUGAUGAUGAAUUUCUUCAUGUAGUACCAAACUCCUAAGUGAGAUUUGUAUAUAUACAGUAUAUAAUGGAGAAUUGCUUUA